CAUCGGAUGAAUUAGGGAAAAGAAUAUUCAUGAGAUAUUCAUUGAUGCAAUGUUACCACCAUCACUGGAGCAAUGGCUUCCCUUAGCCUAAUCUUCCUUAUUCUGAUCAUUAUCUCUUCCUCUUAUCCUCUCAUCUCCGGUGGAAGUCGAAAGGAACUACGAGAUAAAGAAAACGAGGGUGAGAGUUAUGUAUUUGGAUCAAAGUCGGUGGAUCCGAGACGUGUUCUUCAGCUUUCAUGGCAUCCAAGGGUCUUCCUUUACCGUGGGUUCUUGUCAGAGGAAGAGUGUGAUCAUCUGGCAAAGGAAACUUCAGAGGUUGAAUCAGUAGAUGCUAACUGGAAGAGGCAACUUGCUAGUUCUGAGCACGUCUUAGAUGUGCCGGACCCAAUAGUUGCUGGGAUUGAAGAAAGAAUUUCUGCGUGGACUUUCCUCCCAAGAGAAAACAGCGGUCCCAUCAAGGUAAGAAGCUACACUUCGGAGAAUUCAGACAGCAAGUUAGAUUACUUUGGAGAAGAAUCUAACUCAGUGUCGCUUGAGUCUUUGUUGGCAACCGUCAUUCUCUACGUCUCAAAUACAACUCAAGGCGGAGAUCUUCUCUUCCCAAAUGCAGAGGUGAAACUCAAAAGGAGUUUGGCCGACUGCUCAGAGACCAGUAACAUCUUAAAACCAGUAAAAGGAAACGCAGUUCUGUUCUUCACCAGACAUUUGAACGCAUCUUUGGAUCAAACAAGCACUCAUUUUAGAUGCCCUGUGCUAGAAGGGAAACUCUUGGUGGCGACAAAACUUAUAUACGCAAAGAAACAAGCAAGAAAGGAUGAUGAGAUGGAGAGUGCUGAAUGCAGUGAUGAAGAUGAGAGCUGUGGACGAUGGGCUGAGCUUGGGGAGUGCGAGAAGAACCCUGUCUAUAUGAUUGGCUCUCCUGAUUACUUUGGUACCUGCAGAAAAAGCUGUAACGCUUGUUGAUUUCUUAGAAGCGUUCUCAUCAUGUCGGAAAAUAAUGGUGGCAUAAUUGAAAACAUUUUCAAUAUUACAGCUGUUUUUUUUUCUGGUGGUUUUGUAUAGUUCACAUUUGAGUAUUUGACUAUCCAAAUUAUAAUUUGUUUUCUAACAUAUCACACUUGUUUUCUAAAUACAUUGAAAAACAUUAUUUUAACACUGAUUUGUUAAAUAUUAUAUAGACAAUUUUACAAUUGAC